UUAGUUGCCUUGAAUCUGGAUUUGGCUCAAGUUGCCUCUUUUGUGAAAGAGCGCCUUGGCAAAGAGGUAGAGAUGGGCGGGUGUAGGGGGCCCAUAACAACAUUUAUUGUUGAACCCUUCAUCCCACACAACGAAGAGUUUUACCUUAACAUUGUCUCAGAGCGUCUAGGGUGCAGCAUAAGCUUUUCAGAAUGUGGAGGAAUUGAAAUUGAAGAAAACUGGGAUAAGGUCAAGACUAUCUUUGUCCCGACAGGUGCUUCUUUCACAUCAGAAACAUGCGCUCCACUUGUUGCAACCCUUCCUUUGGAGAUCAAAGGGGAAAUCGAGGAGUUCAUAAAAGUGGUCUUUGCACUAUCUCAAGAUCUAGACUUCACUUUCCUAGAGAUGAAUCCUUUCACAUUAGUUGAGGGGAAUCCUUAUCCUCUAGAUAUGAGGGGCGAGCUGGAUGACACUGCUGCUUUCAAAAACUUCAAGAAGUGGGGAAAUAUUGAAUUUCCAAUGCCAUUUGGAAGAGUAAUGAGUGCGACAGAGAGCUUCAUCCAUGGGCUGGAUGAGAAGACAAGUGCAUCUUUGAAAUUCACUAUUUUGAAUCCCAAGGGACGAAUUUGGAGUAUGGUAGCUGGAGGAGGUGCAAGCGUGAUUUAUGCAGAUACUGUUGGAGAUCUUGGCUUUGCUUCUGAGCUUGGAAACUAUGCAGAAUACAGUGGAGCACCAAACGAGGAGGAGGUUUUGCAGUACGCCAGAGUUGUAAUUGAUUGUGCCACUGCAGAUCCUGAUGGCAGAAAGAGAGCCCUUGUGAUUGGAGGAGGAAUUGCUAACUUCACAGAUGUAGCUGCCACGUUUAAUGGCAUAAUUAGAGCCUUGAAAGAGAAGGAAUCAAAGCUGAAGGCAGCUAGGAUGCAUAUAUAUGUUAGGAGAGGAGGACCAAAUUACCAGAAAGGCCUUGCUAAAAUGAGGGCACUUGGAGAUGAAAUAGGCAUUCCUAUUGAAGUUUAUGGACCUGAAGCAACAAUGACUGGUAUAUGCAAAGAGGCAAUCCAGUGCAUCACUGCAGCUGCAUAAGCCUCAGAUCAGUCUUUUUUCCUUUUAAAAUUUUCAAUGUACCAAAUUUUCAUGUUUAAUGUUUUCAAUAUAUGAUUGUAUUACUAGAAGCAACAAUGAUAUAUUUAUGAAUUUCAAA